AUGUUGUGUCCCAAAAACUAUACUCACAUCGACUGUGGCGAUAAGGUAAUCCUUGAAAUGAAUUCCAUUCGACAUAUCGAUGACAAACUAAAAGCUGAAAUUGUACGGGCCCACAAUGAAAAACGAAACUUCGUUGCUGGAGGUGGAGUCGAACAUUUGAAGCCUGCCUGUCGCAUGGCAACCUUGGAAUGGGAUGAUGAACUGGCCGAAAUUGCCUCCUAUAAUGUUCUUCAGUGCAAAAUGAACCAUGACAAAUGUCGUAAUACUGAAGCUUUCAUAUAUUCGGGUCAAAAUUUGGCUUGGAGAUCCUAUUGGCGCCCAGCAAAUAUCGCUCGGCUCUUUAGUAAUUCUUUUGCUUUGUGGUACAAUGAAGUUAAGGAUGUUAAAAUGGAUUUUAUUAACUCUUUCCCUCGUGGCUAUAAGGGACCUGAAAUUGGCCACUUCACUGUCAUGGUGGCCGAUCGUAAUAUUCGUGUGGGUUGUGCCGCAGCCAGUUAUGUAGAUAUCCGAAUUGAUGGCGGUAGGCAGAUUUUCCUGCUUGCUUGUAAUUAUGCUACGACAAACAUUCUGGAGUUACCCAUCUAUGCCAACUGCAGUACUGCGGCAACAUCAUGCUCGAGUGGCACCAAUCCCCAGUAUCCCAACUUGUGUUCAGUUUCCGAAAAGUACGAUGUUAAUAAGUGGUAUUAA